AUGUCGCGAUCCGACCAGUUCUAUUUAAUGGAUCGCAGACGCGACCGCUGCGUGCUGAAGACCUUCGAAAGCUGUUUGACCACAGGUGCCUCCGAAGCAUUACGCGAGUCCGGUGGGAACAUUACAUUCGUAAUGCUGACGCACGGUGGAUGGUUGUUUCGAGAGUCAAUUUUCCCUCGGAAGAAAAGGUUAUUCCACAGGUUACGCUGGCUAGGCCACAUACUUCAUAUGCCCGAUGGCUGUUUGCUUCAUACAGCCCGCUACGCCAGGCAACGGAUGGAAAAGACUCAGGGGUGGGCUAUUCCACAGAUUACGCUGGCUAGGCCACAAACUUCAUAUGCCCGGUGGCUGUUUGCCUCAUACAGCCCGCUACGCCCGGCAACGGAUGGAAAAGACUCAGGGGUGGUCAGUCCACGACCUGGCAUGAGAGACCUUGCCAGUAAACUUAGUCGCGUUGGUAAAUGGCUUUCCCGGAUGGGAAGAGUGAAAGAGAACAAACCUAUGUGGAUGUCGGAAAACACGUUGUUCACCAGUUCGUUCACCCCGGCAACGGAUGGAAAAGACUCAGGGGUGGUCAGUCCACGACCUGGCAUGAGAGACCUUGCCAGUAAACUUAGUCGCGUUGGUAAAUGGCUUUCCCGGAUGGGAAGAGUGAAAGAGAACAAACCUAUGAUAGACUCAUAUCUACAAAAGUCAUUUCGAUGUUCGGCUGUGUUGAUCGGACAGGAGGCCGCCUGUCCUCAA